AUGGCGGCGGUUCCCGUUUAUCGUUGCCCUCACCCAAGAUGGCGGCGGUUCCCCGUUCAGCUGCCCGUCCCCUCACCCAAGAUGGCGGCGCCCAGCCCGGCAUCACGGCGCGACGCGCGGGGCGUGGCGCGAUGGCGGCAGUUCCACUUCUCGGCGCCCUCACCCAAGAUGGCGGCAGUUCCACUUCUCGUUGCCCUCACCCAAGAUGGCGGCGGUUCCCUUUUCUCGGCGCCCUCACCCAAGAUGGCGGCGGUUCCCUUUUAUCGUUGCCCUCACCCAAGAUGGCGGCGGUUCCCCGUUCACCUGCCCGUCCCCUCACCCAAGAUGGCGGCGCCCAGCCCGGCAUCACGGCGCGACGCGCGGGGCGUGGCGCGGAAGCUGGAGCUCUACUCCAUGGAGUGGGGGCUGCGGGAGGACCUGCGGGACUGCGUGGUGGCCGCUGCCCCGUACGGGGGUCCCAUAGCUCUGCUGAGGAAUUCCCGGCGGGACAAGACCCCCGGCGCCCGCCCGCUCCUGGAGAUCUACUCGGCCUCGGGGCUGCUCCUGGCCAGUGUCCCGUGGAAGAGCGGCAGCCUGGUGCACCUGGGCUGGACGGCGGGCGAGGACCUGCUGUGCAUCCAGGAGGACGGGACCGUGCUGGUCUACAACAUCUUCUGCGAGUUCCAGAGGCACUUCAGCAUGGGCAACGAGGUGCUGCAGAACCGGGUGCUGGAGGCGCAGGUUUUCCACACGGAGUUCGGCACGGGCGUGGCCAUCCUGACGGGAGCGCUGCGCUUCUCCCUCGCCACCAACAUCGAGGACCUCAAGCUGCGCCGCCUGCCCGAGGUCCCUGGGCUGCAGAAGCCCCCGCCGUGCUGGGCCGUGCUGGCCCAGGACAGGGUGACCAUGGUGCUGCUGGCCAUGGGACAGGAGCUCUUCCUGCUGGACAACACCUCCUGCUCCGUGCUGCCACAGGAGAAGUUCUGUGAGUUCAACACCGGCGUCCGCUCCCCGCCCAGGCAGAUGGUUUGGUGCACGCGGCCCCGCAGCCGGCAGCGAGCCGUGGUGCUGGCCUGGGAGCGGCAGCUGAUGGUGGUGGGCCACGCCUCGGAGAGCAUCCGCUUUGUCCUGGAUGAGGAUUCCUUCCUGGUGCCCGAGCUGGACGGGGUCCGGAUCCUCUCCCGCAGCUCCCACGAGUUCCUGCACGAGAUCCCGGAGGCCAGCCAGGAGAUUUUCCGCAUCGCCUCCAUGGCUCCGGGCGCGCUGCUGCUGGAGGCGCAGAAGGAGUACGAGAAGGAGAGCCAGAAAGCCGACGAGUACCUGCGGGAGAUCCGGGAGCAGCAGCUGCUCCCCGAGGCCGUGGGCCAGUGCAUCGAGGCCGCGGGCUACGAGCACGAGCCCGACACGCAGAAAUCCCUGCUGAGGGCAGCUUCAUUUGGGAAGUGUUUCCUGGAUAAAUUCCCCCCGGAGGGGUUCGUGCGGAUGUGCCAGGACCUGCGGGUCCUCAACGCCGUCCGGGACUACCAGAUCGGGAUCCCGCUCACCUUCACGCAGUACAAGCAGCUCACCAUCGAGGUGCUGCUGGACAGGCUGGUCCUGCGCCGCCUGUACCCUCUGGCCAUCCGCAUCAGCGAGUUCCUGCGGCUGCCGGAGAUGCAGGGCGUCAGCCGCAUCCUGGCGCACUGGGCCUGCUACAAGGUGCAGCAGAAGGACAAGUCGGACGAGGAGGUGGCCCAGGCCAUCAACCAGAAGCUGGGGGACGCGGCGGGCAUCUCCUACUCGGACAUCGCCACGCGCGCCUACGACUGCGGCCGCGCCGAGCUGGCCAUCAAGCUGCUGGAGUACGAGCCCCGCAGCGGGGAGCAGGUGCCGCUGCUGCUGAAGAUGAAGCGGAGCAAGCUGGCCCUGGGCAAGGCCAUCGAGAGCGGGGACACCGACCUGGUGUACACCGUCGUGCUCCACCUCAAGAACGAGCUCAACCGCGGCUCCUUCUUCAUGACCCUGCAGAACCAGCCCGUGGCACUGAGCCUGUACCGCCAGUUCUGCCGGCACCAGGAGCGGGAGACGCUGAAGGAUUUGUACAACCAGGACGACAACCACCAGGAGCUGGGCAACCUGCACGUGCUGGGGGGCUACAGCCAGAGGCGGAUCGAGGGCCGCGUGGCCGCCCUGCAGAGCGCCCUGGAUGAGUUCUACAAGGCCAAGAACGACUUCGCUGCCAAGGCCACGGAGGAGCAGAUCAAGCUGCUGCGGCUGCAGCGGCACCUGCAGGAGGAGCUGGACAAGCCCUACCUGGACCUGUCCCUGCACGACACCGUGGCCACGCUGAUCCUGGACGGGCACCACAAGCGCGCCGAGCAGCUCUACCGGGACUUCAGGAUCCCCGACAAGAGGUACUGGUGGCUGAAGAUCAACGCCCUGGCCACCCGCGGGGACUGGGAGGAGAUGGAGAAGUUCUCCAAGAGCAAGAAGUCGCCCAUUGGGUACCUGCCCUUCGUGGAGGUGGCCGUGAAGCACCACAACCGCUACGAGGCCAAGAAAUACACGCCCCGCGUGGGGCCCGAGCAGCGCGUCAGGGCCCUCGUGCUCGUGGGGGAGCUGGAGCAGGCUGCGGAGGCGGCUCUGGAGCGGCGCAGCGAGGCCGAGCUGGGGCUGGUGCUGGCGCGCUGCGAGCCCGGCCCGGGCGGCGACGGCCUGGCUGAGCGGCUGGGCCGGGCCCGCGCCCAGCUGCUGAGGAAGUGACCGGGACAGCGACAGCGGGGACAGGGAGGGACAGAGGGGACAGAGGGGACAGGGAGGGA